CUAGUUGCUUGAAUGUCAUCUUCCACGAUAUAUGUCGCAGUGCACGCUGGUGCAGGGCACCAUGACAAGAUUUCAGAGAAGUCAGUGAGGCAGGCGAUGAAGAGAGCGUGCACAGAGGCUCUUCGAGUAGCAUCACUACCAGGCACAGACCUCCUGUCUGUCGUCGAACGGGCUAUAGUCGAGUUGGAGGACGAUGAAAACCUCAACGCUGGAACUGGCUCUAACCUUACUCUUGACGGCACGGUCGAGUGCGACGCUGCUAUCAUGGACGGCAGGACUGGCGAUUUUGGCAGCGUCGGUGCAGUCCCAGGGGUCAAAAAUCCGAUCAAGUUAGCGAAGGCUAUACUGUAUCAUUCUCGCAAAUUAGACAAAUUGGGGCGUAUCCCUCCGGUGACACUUGUGUCGAGUGGUGCGCGCUCAUUUGCAGUGCAGAGUGGAGUGGAAACAGUAGACCCUGAGAGCAUGAUAUCCAAACGAGCAAAAGUGGACUGGCAAAAGUGGAUAGAAAGGUAUAACGAAGUACGGGAGGAAAUAAUUCCAAAAGCAAUAGCGUCACCGGUCGGUGCGAUUCAAGAUACGGUCGGCGCAGUUGCAUGGGACAAUUGUGGCAAUGUAGCAGCAGGCGUAUCCAGCGGUGGACUUCUUCUCAAGCACUCGGGACGUGUCGGAGAGGCAGCGAUAUUCGGUGCGGGUUGCUGGGCACAACAAUCAGCCGAUGGAAAAACGAGUGCAGCUUGCAGUAUAUCAGGUACUGGCGAGCAUAUCAUCAAAGCAGGUUUGGCACGUGUAAUUGGAGAUACCUUCCAUUUCGCCAAGAACCAGGAAGGAACAGACGUGCAUGACUUGCUUGUCAACGUGUUGACGGAACGGUUUUAUCGUCCAGCGGUUGGACAUGGAAUUCUUCGGCCGAAUGCAGGGGUGCUUUUGCUAACAACAGAGAGCGGGAAUUCUAAACCACGGUUAUGGUGUGCAUUUACAGCAGAAGGUAUGGCUAUCGCCUACGCCAGUUCUGAAAGGCCGACACCAAAGGUACGAAGUAACGACCACGAUACUUUCGCUCAUGAACAUUCCAUAGGCAACGAUCCUUCGACGGCCACACAUUAUCAACAGACCUGA